GCUGACACCGAGGCUCAGACAGAAACCACCAUGAAGGCUUUCAUUCUUCUCGCUCUGUUCGCAGUGGCAUACGCUGCUCCCAUUGACGAUGAGGACGACAAGAUUGUUGGAGGCUACGAGUGCAGAAAGAACUCUGUGGCCUACCAGGUCUCUCUGAACUCUGGAUACCACUUCUGUGGAGGUUCCCUGAUCUCCAGCACCUGGGUGGUGUCUGCUGCUCACUGCUACAAGUCCCGCAUCCAGGUGCGUCUUGGUGAGCACAACAUUGCUGUCAACGAGGGCACAGAGCAGUUCAUCAACUCUGCUAAGGUCAUCCGUCAUCCCAGGUACAGCAGCCGCAACCUGGACAACGACAUCAUGCUGAUCAAGCUGAGCAAGCCUGCCACCCUGAACAGCUACGUCCGCACCGUGUCCCUGCCCUCCAGCUGUGCCGGCUCUGGUACCCGCUGUCUGAUCUCUGGAUGGGGCAACACCAGCGGCUCUGGAAGCAACUAUCCUGAUCGCCUGAGGUGCCUGGAUGCCCCCAUCCUGAGCGAGAGCAGCUGCAGGAACUCCUACCCUGGACAGAUCACCUCCAACAUGUUCUGUGCUGGAUUCCUCGAGGGAGGCAAAGACUCCUGCCAGGGUGACUCUGGUGGCCCCGUGGUUUGCAAUGGUCAGCUGCAGGGUGUGGUGUCCUGGGGCUAUGGCUGCGCUCAGAGGAACAAGCCUGGAGUCUACGCCAAGGUCUGCAACUACAACUCCUGGAUCCGCAGCACCAUGUCCUCCAACUAAAUAGAUUGUUCACAUAUUGAGCAGAGAAUACCUACAUGUAACAUCCAACAGGUUUUAAUAUGUGGACUAGUGUUUAAAUCACGUCCCCAUGUAAAAUGUGUAAUAAAAAUACUAUCAAACAUA